AUAGCUCCAUCUGUAUCACGGAAGUGAGGAUUGACGAGGCAACGCAACAGAAAGCUGUAUUUGGAUUAAUAACAUGGAAAUUAUCACAUUAAUUAAAUUGUAACCACGAAUUGAACAUUGAAUAACAUUCGAUUCAGUCCUAAAAAAAAUUCGGGAAGACAGAAUUCAAGGAUUGUAUGAAAUGCACACUUGAAAAUGAACGUUUUUGAAAGUUUUAACCUUUGUGGAUAUGCUAUCACCGUUGUAAUUGUUUUGUCGCUGGUAAGAAAAAUAAAUAAUUGAAUAUCUAAUACAAGGAGAAUGAGUAUAGCUAUGUAAACAUGAAGAAUGCAAACGAUAUUUCCGAGUAGUCUAUUUGAAUAAAUUGCAAACUUGUGUAAAUAUUUGUGUGUAGUUUAUAGGCUAGUGCAAUUAUUCUUAUCAGCGCUCUAUGCUUUCCGAGUACCACCACACACCACUUUAUUGUUCUCACAACUAAUAUCCACAAAUGUCACAUUUAGCGCCUGGUCAUUAGCUGACCUCGUUUCAAAUUUUAGUUUUCAACAUAUGAUGUUUAAUAUGUACAUACCAGACAAGCCCCACUAUGCUUUAAAUACUUUUCAGCAAUUUAAAUCUGUAUGAAUAUGCAUUUGACCAGUGUUUUAAAUUACAACAAAAUAGAUGAUAUUCCAGCCAUAACACACUGGUAGUCACCAGUGCUACCUGGAGGCAUCUCAGAAUUAAUCUUACAAACAAGUUAGAGUGAGGAAAAUGCCCCCAGGCUUUACUCACUAUUUCAGUUUUCUUGGUUUUAUAAAGGGAUAAUACACUAGAGACAUUACCAAUUUAUUAUAGUUUAUUAUAAUAAACCAUUAAAGGAGAGGUCUUCUGAACACCUCAAGCAAGUACGCUAUGCGAUGGACAUAACGUUACUAAUGAAUCCAGCUAAUUUCCACCUAUAUUUUCUCCAUCUCGACCAGGCACUAUGUGAGUCUUCAUCCCAAACCAUGCCUACCUCCUCAUCCCCAGCUGGAGAGAGCUCAGUGCUGCAUGAUGAUUCCAUACAGUUUGACUUGGUCCCAGACAUAGUGAUGGAUGGCUCAGUGGUCCGAGUUAGUUACCAGUGCUCCAGGGCCUGUGAGGUGGGAGUGGAGGUGGUGGUCUCCACACAGACCAAGACAGGAGCGGCGGUCUUCAGGAGGAGAUGGACCAACCACAGACGCCUCCAUGUCCCCAGGACACAUCCGGUGAAGCUCAGGUUCCCUCCAGACAUGGCCUACAGAGAGGACCUCUUCAUGAUGCGCACAUUGGACGUCCAUAAUGUGAUGGUUCGAGCCUGGUUGGACCACCUUGAGCAAGGCAAUGGAGACAAAGGGCAUGUGAAUAGGACCAGCACAUACAAUGGGUCCCUGGUGAGGACGUUCAAAGUGCUUCAGGCAGUACUUCCCUCUGAGCGUCCAGCUAGACCUUACCCUGGGUGCCCCUCCUGGAUGGCUGAUCUUAGGUGGCAGCUGACCAGAGACAGAAUCCGCCAGUGCCCACAUGAGUCAGGUCUGGUCUCAAUCAACUAAUCAUGUUUUUGUACAAUAGGUGUGUGUUACAAUUAGACUCACAUUGCUGUCACGUAGACUUUAUGAUAAACAGUUUGGUGCCAGUGAAUUGAGACAUAGAAAGAAAAACACUGACAUAUUAUUUAUUUUGUUAAAGAAGGUAUUCUCAGUCCUUGUUAUAGUUGUAGUGUAUACUAAUAUUUUCUUGAAUUGAUUUGUAGACACUGUGGAUAUGUUGACAUUUCCAAUUGUUAGCACUGGAGAGAGUUUUGGAGUGAUCCGCAAGAUCCACCCUUUCAUCAACAGAGAUCUUGAGAGAGCUCGUGUCCUCACUGUGGAGCAGCCCAGGUUUGGAUGUAACUUCUCUCUAAAUAGUAUCAUUUAUUUGCAUUCAUUACAAAUUUCCCUACAUUAUCAUGACAGCUGAUCCUCUCUCAGCAAGUGCACUGACAAUGUCACCUGGAAUGACUCACAUAAACAUGAAUAGUUAUAACCAGUAUAAUGCCAAAUUAUUAUACAAUAUAUUGUGACCUCUCUUACAAAGUGAGUUCAUUUAAAGUUCAACUAAAAGGGUCCAUGAUUUAGCAUUUUGAAAAUGAUAGUUUCAGUCAUCUGAUGUUUCUGACUCCAUGCACCCACCCCCUUAGGUCAGUUACAGAAAGAUCUGUGUCUUUUCAAUGCUGACAGCUCAUUUCACUUCCAUUUUUACUUCACUUAGCAUAUACAUUUCCGUAUGCUACAGUUCUUUAUUGUCGACAUGCUUUAAACAAUGCUUUGAAAGAUCAGUUAAAAACCUAUGUAGAAGAUGAUACCAGUGGGUGUUCUUUAUGGAUGCUUAAGGAUGGAUGCAUAAUCUAAAAUCAAAUCAAGAUGUAAUCACAGAUUACAACUACACAUUCAUUAAACCUCCUCCCUGAGGCAGAUAUGGAACAGUGAUACAGAAAAUGGAAUGUGAAAGAUCUCAUUAAUCUCCCAUUCCCCAGUAUCACAGUGUCUAUAUGGGUCUAUCUGGUGCAGUGGUGUGACAUGAAACUGUGUGGAAUCAUCCAUCAUGUUGAUCAGAACAGCAAAUACGACACUCCUCUGAUACAGCUCACUAACACAGGUGAGGCAUAGCAUGGCAGCUUGUUGUGGAUUCACCUGAUAGGAUGUCAGUGUGUAUUUGUCAGAGUUCUGUUUCGGUCUCACUUGAUACUUAUGAUGUAAUGUUGGGCUGUGAAUGUGAUCAAGCUGCUGUGUCCUUGAGCGGUAGGUAGUGUUAUGAUUGGAUAUCAGCAUGCAUUAUGGUAGAUGUCUGUCUUAUGAUUUAAUAAAGUACUGUCUACUGUUUAGGAGAUAUCAUCAUUCAGGUUCGUGUGGUGUCUGGGGGAGAUCAGGCGUUCAGAGCCCACACAGCUCUGCCUCUCUGGACCUGGAUCAGACUAGACUGCUUCAUACAAGGCUCUAAGGUACCAUACAAUUGAAUUGAAUAAACUAUUAUUCCAAUGAUGGGAAAUUGGAUUUGUCACCAGCAAGAUAUACUGAACAAAAAUAUAAACGUAACUUGCAUCAAUUUCAAAGAGUUUACUAAGUUUACAUUUCAUAUAAAGAAAUCAGUCAAUUGAAAUAAAUUCAUUAGGCCUUAAUCUAUGGAUUUCACAUGACUGGGCAUUGGCGCUAGGGAGCCAGGCCCAGCCAAUCAGAAUUAGUUUUUCCCCACAAACGUCCUUUAUUACAGACCGAAAUACUCCUUAGCACCCACACCCCCUCAGACGAUCCCACAGGUGAAGAAGCCGGAUGUGGAUGUCCUGGGCUGGCGUGGUUACACGUGGUUUGCGGGCGGUUGGAUGUACUGUCAAAUUCUCUAAAACAACAUUGGAGGCAGCUUAUAGUAGAGAAAUUAACAUUAAAUUAUCUGGCAACAGCUCUGGUGGACAUUCCUGCAGUCAGCAUGCCAAUUGCACGCUCCCUCAAAACUUGUGACAUAAGUGGCCUUUUAUUGUCCCCAGUACAAGGUGCAACUGUGUAAUGAUCAUGCUGUUUAAUCAGCUUCUUGAUAUGCCACACUUGUCAGGUGGAUGGAUAAUCUUGGCAAAGGAGAAAUUCUUACUAACAGGGAUGUAAACAAAUUUGUGCACAACAUUUGAGAGAAAUAAGCAUUUUAUGUGUAUAGAAAAUGUCUGGGAUUUUUUAUUUCAGCUCAUGAAACAUGGGACCAACACUUUACAUGUUGCAUUUAUAUUUUUGUUCAGUGUACAUACAACAACAACAUAUGCAUACAGUACAUUAGAGACACAAUUGGUAGCUUAGGGAGCUACAGUUAGGAAUACCAUCUUUUCACAUCAUGAUAUUUUUUACAUACUUUAUAUAUUGGAGUUCGGAGUUUUGGGGCUAUGAUUAUGAAUUUAUGUCUUGUGUGUCUUUCAGGUGACACUGCAAGUUAAACCUGAAGUGACAUCGGGAGGAAUGGUGGAGCACACACACACAUUUGAGUAAGCCAUCAAAGCUUUUUGGAUAAUACUAACUUUUGUUAGCCAUAAAUAUGUUGAUAUGGGAACACAGAAAAGGGAUUGGAGUGAACUUUGGUGUUUUUAAGACUAGCACACUUCAAACUGCACCAAAAGCCUUGAUGAGGGCUUUGCAUAAUUUGCUGUCAAUAUUUAUUUUGAAUGUUGAGUGUUGAAUAUUUUGCAGCUUUCAGAGUGACAUCCAUUACAAUGACACUGGUGGAUACUUUGUGAUUGGAGGGGGCAGGUUCAUGCCAGGUUUCCAUGGCUAUUUUGGACCAAUCAAAUACUAUCGUUUGGGCACAGAAAAGGUAUGUGUCCAGAUGCCUUUAAACUUUUUUUUAAACAAUUGUUCAAUAUGAGAAACAAAAAUGUACAGAAAUGUACUAUAUAGGCCUUUCUGUACUACUGUAUUAAGAGGUAUAUGUUCAUGUUGUUACAGUAUUAUGACAGGUAAAUAUAUUACAGGUGAUCAACUCCCUUUCCCCUGCCAAGACAUUAGAGGGCCUGGAUAAGACACACAGAGAGUGUGAUGAGAUCAGAGAAGUCACUGCAGCCUUUCUUCAGGCUGUGACACACAACCAGGAAGUCUUUAUGACAGGUGAGCUCUAUUCUGUUCAGUCAUCUGUGUGAGUGGUGUGCCAACACUUCCAAAUGGAUCUGUGUCUUGAAGGCAAACCCUUGCACUGUGAAUAUGGAGACUGGGGGAGUUUUAUGUCACAUUAUUAUGGGGAAACCAGAUCUGACUGAGUUAGAUUUUUCAGGUUUGUGUCACUCUCACUACAUCAGUUUAUGGAGAAGGUUUGGACAGAAUACAUGUAGACAGACAUGGACCUGGGAAGCACAGAAGAAGCAUCGUGCACUUUUCACCUUCUUAGAGACCCAGCAAGAGGACUUCACCACAGGUAUAUUAUCUAUAGGCUACGCAUCUCAUACAGGUGCCUUAUGUACUCAAACCUACAUCACCUGCAGGUAGUGUUUGACUGCACCUCACAUAUUCUUGGUUACAUUUACAGUAUCUACUUCAUUGAUACAUGUAGGAACUAAGAACAGGAGAACACCCCUUCACCUUGGAAGCAGAUUGUUUGAGCAUGUAGUGAAUAGACUGUCCAAUAGAGGGAGCACCCAGAUGGACCCCACCACCACCUUCUCCCUGAUAGCCCUGCUGCAGAUGUCCUCCUGCUAUGGCUACCACCACGCCUCCCUGUUGCUCUCCACCAUCCACCUGGCUGGCCUGGGUGGCCCUGUGGACCAACAGCAGGUAGCGACCAGUCACCUGACCUCAUCGCUGGUAAUGCCACGUCUGUCAUGAGCUGUAUGUGAUCGGACCCAUGAUGAGUGACCUUGUUAUGACCUCUGUGUAUUCCAGGGUCAUAUCUACAGUCUGAUUGGUGCACUGGGAGACAACCGUUUAGCCCUCAUGCAUUUGGGCUACAAACACACACAAGGAAUUGACGGGUUCCCCAAAGACUUUGACAUGGCGUACAGUUACUACUCCAAUGUUGGGGCACAGACCAGUAUUGACCAAGGGAGGGUACUGGAGAAUCAGGUGAAUUUAUAAAAAAAACUACUUGAGGGACUUUAGUUGUACUGUUACAUUAGUAUAACUGUUAACCAUACAUUUCCUCUCACCCCAAGCAAUCUAUAACUGAGCACAUUCUUAUAAGCAACGAGGACCACCUGAACAGCCUAACUCAUGAGACAGGUGACGCCUUUCAGUUUAUCAAACUUAAAGCUGACAGAGGAGACGUUGAAUCACAGGUACAGUAUAUAUCAAAAUACUUAGAAAUCAUUGAGCUUUUAGUCUAGACUAAAGUACUUAGAAGUGUCUUCUAUGUCAAGUUAGGAAUGAUCCAAGGGAAUGAAUCUGAAAAUGACACAACUCUUCAUUUAUGCAGAAACUUCUAGCAAAGCUUCUAUUCUGGGGUCAAAAUGGUGUCUCUAAGAACGUUGGGAGUGCAGUUAAGUGGUACGCUAAGAGUGCCAUGGAGCUGGAGGAUCCUGCAGCUAUGUAUGAGUACUCUAUUUUAUUAUUUAAGGUAAGCAUGAUGUCUUGUGUAAGUAGGGGAUAAAAUACUUAAAUAUUGCCAGAUAUGUGUUGUGUGUGUGUGUGUAGACUGAUUAGAGGACUGAUAAUGGUCUCUCCAGGGACAGGGGGUGAAGAGGAACAUGACUCUGGGUCUUCAGAUAAUGGAGAAAGCUGCAGCCAAGGUAUGUGUGCUGUAAUACUCUACCUUGUGGUGUGUGUUUAUGUGUGCCUUUACAUGUGCUUGCCUUUAAUGUGUCUUGUGUGCAUCUCUGACCCCCAGGGUUCAGUCCAAGCCUUGAAUGGGCUGGGAUGGUAUUACAGCACCAUACUGAAAGACUACAAGACUGCCUUCAAGUACUUUGAACAGGCUGCCCACAACGGCAGUCAUGAUGGCAUGUUUAACCUGGGAGUGUAUCACUUAAAUGGGAAGAACCCACACAACCCAGAAAAGAAUGAGGUAGGAUCAACCCCACCCAUCCUUUUUAAAAUCAACUUGAGUUUAUGAAGGGUCUAAUAUUCAUUGUGUUUCCUGUACUCCCAGACUGCUGCGUUCCAUCUCUUCCUAAACUCCUCCCUCUAUGGUCACGUGGACGGGGCGGUGGAGGCGGCCUGGUACCUGUCCAUAGGAAACCUGGAGGGGGUCUCCCGGGACACAGAGAGGGCUGUGAUGUAAGUCUGUUAUCCGCUCAGCUCAGGGAGUGAAGAAAGUUCCUGUAUGGUCCACUGCACCGGAGGGUAGCCUGCAGAAAAGUGUAAUCUGACUCAAUGAUGGACUAAUUCAAGGACAGGACAUGGUUAUUUGCAUGUCUAAAAAUAAGUACCACUGUCACAGCAUGGCAUAGAGCGAGAGACCCUGCGUAGUGCUGAGGUACUCAUGUCUUAUGAAUCCCCAGAAGAAACGGUUAGUGUCACAAAAAUAUCUUAGAUCUGCGCUGAUGCAUCAGAGUAAGAGUAAACCUUUAGUCACUGAGCUUAUUGUAGUCCUUGGUGUUCUGUGCCAAAUGUGUACUUUAUGUUGUUUUACGGUAAUAAUGAUGUCAUGAUAGUAAUAAUAUUUUGCUGAUUUCAUUAUGUGAUGAACCUCCUCUGAUUCAGUACUUGUUUUAUGUUUUAUGUAUUUGUUGUCCUGCCCUCCAGCAUGCUGAAACAGAUCUGUGAGCAGAAUGGUUACCUGGGAUACAUCGUAAGAGAGGCUCUCCAAGCCUACCUCCAGGGCUCCUGGUGAGAGAAGCAAAAUAGACUAGUUCAUCAGUCCAAUUUCCCUCACAUUCAUUUGAUUAGUCAAAUAUAGUUACUGAUGUUUGUGAGUGUGUGUGUGUGUUUGUGUGUGUGCGCGCGUGCAUGGGGAUUAGCUUGUUGUAUUGUUGUUGCAUUUAUUCUGUAUUGUUCCUAAAGGGGCGAGGCUCUGGUGAGGUAUGCCCUGGCUGCUGAAACAGGUUUGGGAGUGGCCCAGAAUAAUGUUGCCUACCUAUGUGAGGUAAGGAGUCUGGCAUUUGAAUUCUUAUUUUCUCAUGGAAAGAUACUGCAUCUCUCAUAUUAUUCUGAAAUCAAUUAGUUCGGGUUUAGUGACGGAUUCAUUUGAGAGACACACAAGGACACCCAGAGCCUUGACAGAGAGACAUUCAUUACCAUAAGCCAUAUGAUACACCUGAGUUACCACUCGUUUUUAAUUGCAGGAGUUGAAGCAGAGCUAUGAUUGUCAAUGGAGGUAUUACAACCAUUCCACAAUGAACUAUGCUCCACAUGACUCUGGUGAGUUCCUGUCCUACAGUGUCAUCACAGCCUCUAGUCAGUAGUGGAAAAGCUAGUUUACAAAAAGCACCUGUCUCUGUUAGCCUGGUCCCAACUCCAUUGCUUUCAUUGUCAAGCCAAACAUUUGGCAUGACAAAGAGUGACAAUGAGUUGGCAUGAUUGCACAGACUGUCACUCAGGCUAUCGCUCUGUUUCCAGGUUUGGUGAAGAUGGGAGACUACUACUACUCAAGCAGCAGGGAAGGAGCUGUUGAUCAGGCUAUAUCACUGUACAGCAGAGCAGCCCUGGCAGGCAGUUCUCAGGUGUCUUACCAUUUAUUAUCACUGUCAUUUACAUGCUACAAUAAAGCCUCCAGAAUCCUUAAGCCUUCUGUCAAAGUAACCGGAAUCAGAAUUAUAAUACAUUCAUACAUGUCAGUUUGCAUGUUUUUAUUACUGUUCUUAUAAUUAUUUUUUCCUUAUGAACCAUCAGGGAAUAUAUAAGUUGGUGGUUUUGGCAGAAGAGGGACAUGAUGUCCCAUUGAUCAUCAGAGACAGAUUAAACAUAUCAGUUCAUGAUGGGCUGGACAUUGUGGUGGAGAGACUCUUACAAAGGUACUUCCCCUUCUGCUUAGCAGCAUCAUAUAUGACUCAUCAAGACUAAUUAAUAAUAGACUGUGUAUGCCAAUGCUUUGUUUCUGUUUUGUUCUGUUCUUCCCCCAUAGAUGUGUAGAGUUGGAUGAAGAUGAGGAUCUGACACCAUGUACUUUAGCUCUACUCAGAGUCCACAUUGGAAAAGCCUGGAGAAAAGUUACUGAAGACCCCAUACAGCUGUCACUGGUAGGCCAUUAUCUUUAUGAUAAGUAUGACAAGGAUCAGGGGGUUUCCCCUGCUCAUCAUGUGAUCUGACCAUGACUAGUCAGACCAAUAUGACAAUGUCUUUAUCAGUCACAUCCCACUGAGCACAGACGUCAGUUCAACGUAUAGUUUUGAGUUGUCAACUAACUUUAAAUUCAAUGUGAAAUCAUCAACAAAUGUCACCAUGUCAUUGGAUUUAGGUAAAGAUUUGGGUGAAAAAAACACGAAAUGCAUUGAUUACUUUUUGCAAAUCCAAUCAGUUUUCCACGUUGAUUCAACAUUAAACCUGUUUUUGCCCAGUGGGAUAGCUCAUGGUUUUUAACAAAAUAAAAUGCAAGACAAUUUCAAAGUUGUCUAAUGGAACUGAAAAUGUGAUCCUGUAAAUCCUGUCUUCCAGGUUUAUACAUCUGUUGUUACUCUCAUCAUUGCUCUGAUUACUGUGCUAAUCCAAAGUGCUCUGGGUAAGUCAGUUUUCUGAAUACCUCCCUGCUAAAAUACUGUUACAUUUACUUAAUAAUUGUAUCAAUGUAAUAGUGAAUAGUCUGAAUGUCCACCUGUCAUGAUCACAUCUCCAUAUCUUAUGACCACGUACUGUUGCCUCAGUUGGAUAUCUGUCACAGACUAGUUGUGUUACAGCUACAGCCUAAUGUUAAAUACAUCAGAGGAGGCUGGUGAAGGGAGGACAGCUCAUAAUAAUGUCUGGAAUGGAAUCAAUGGAAUGGUAUCAAAAACUUGGAAACCAUGUGUUUGAUACUGUCCCAUUUAUUCCAUUCCAGCCAUUACAAUGAGCACGUCCUCCGAUUUAAAGCGACACCAGCCACCACUGGAAUGCUGUGCCCUUCUGCAUGUUUCAUAUUUAUUUUUGUCCCCAUUGUACAUAUAGAAAGCCUAUGUUAAAUUGUAAAACCGACCCAUUGUUUUUUCAUACCAAACUCUUGUGAUUUAUUACAUCAAUGCUUGACUGGUAAACGGUUUCUUUGUCCCCAGAGUGUCUCGAAGUGGACAUCCCACCUAGACAACGUAGGCAUACCACUGACCGUGCAGUAGAAGACAGGACAGGGACAUCCCCUGUCAAUCAAGCAGAAGUCAAUGGGAAUGGACAGCAGGAUCAGAAUGACCCCAUCAUGAGAGAAGACAGAAUGUCCAGAACUGUUAGAAUGGCCCAGGGUCUAUGGUCCAUUCUACUGAGGGAUGGACAGAGAGUGCAGCGUAUAGCUGACCUGGCUGUUACUGUGUCUGGGGUGUGUCUCUGUGUCCUCUGCACAUUGAUCCUCAAUCAUCUGCUCUGAUAGUUGUUUUAAAGAUUUUUAUUUGCAUAGGAAUGAGUAUAAAUGAUUUCAUAUCCCACCCUCAUUGUCAAUCUGAUAGAAUGAUUGACAAAAAGCGCAGUUGACAGAAAUUGCUGGAGUACUUAUUGUGAAAAAUCUAAAAAAUACUCUUGAUGAAGGGGCCCAACCGGAAGCCCGUAUUGUUAGCAUGAUAAAAAAGUAAUAAUUUGCAAGUUUAGUGUGGUAGUUGAAACUAUGGUUGCAUACCUCCAACUCACAUGCAAACAACCUGUAUGCUAUGGGCAUAUGCUAUUGGCAUACCUUGAAAAUGCCUUGCAUUCAAAUGUUUCCAACUGGCUUGAAUGUUGUCAGAUUUGUUAUGCUCUGUGGAGUAUUUCUAGACAGGGAAUUGGAGCUUAGGUUAUCUCAGAGAAAUGUGCUACACUUGUGUUAAAAAAAAUAUGCUUGAAAAGCAAUUAUGAUGUUAAGAUAAUUUUUAUUAAUUUUAUUGGUUUGAAUGUUCCGUUCUGCAACAAUUCAGUAGAGCUCUUAUAUCAGUGCAAAUGCUGUAAUCAAUAGUUAAUCAAUUGGCUUGGUGGAUACAACCUCAGGACCAGAAGUGAAAGCCUUAGUGGGUUGGUCAGAGAGUGAGAGCUCUGUUCUAAUACUAAUACAUCAGCUAUUAAAGCCAGCGUUUUCCUGGUCCUAUCAGUGACUUUCUGAUGAUAAGUGUCCCUAGCAGCAUGGCACUGGACAGGGAACAACAGCACGUGGGGCUCUUAAACGUCUUGUCUGUUUACGUCCGCUACGUUAGGUUAGUCCAAGGCCGAUCAGAUGGACUGGCUUCUGCUGGUUAACUUAUUACAGUUUUUGUCUGAGCAGCUGUCCAGAUUCUGCUUGAUUUAUUAGUAAGGGUUAUGAAUCAUACAUAACUAUGAUGGGUUACCCAGAGUAAAUAUGGUGGGUCUGCAAGAGUAUGAGUGUGUGCAGCAUUCCUAGACCCAGGGCCAGGGUUUAAGUCAGAUUUUUCAUGUAAUUAACUGUCAGUUCUCCGUAUGUGGGUCAGUGAGUGAGAUAUGAUUGUAUUCUGUGAAACACACUAAGCCCCAUCAUCAUGUUGAUACAGUACUUCAGAUAAGAACUUCGUAUUAUGGGGAUGGUAGAACUGGUACUAUGGAUCUGUGUUAUGUAUUUCAUAAUAGGUUGGGGAACUUCUAUGAGCUAAACAGCAGAAUCCUUUCUAGUAUUUGCUUGAUCAGCUGUUAUUUACAGCAUAAACUGCAACUGUUGGAGGGCUCUCUCUUUCUCUUUCUCUCUUUAAUAUGCAGAUCAUUAUUUAAUCAUUACAUGACGAUUGAUAUUACCUUGAAUCUUGGCAACAACAAACACAGAUGAACAAGAUUAAUUGCCAACAAACACUGUGACAAAAUGUAAUAAAUGUGACAGUUUAACUGCUAUCACGUUAUGCUUUGUAAUAAUAUUCUGUUUGGUCAAACUCAUAUAAUAGAUAUGAUUCCC